GGCUGGGCCCUAGAACUCUCUCCCUCAGUUUGACAGACCAACCUACUGUAACAGCAAAUACCACUGAACGCCAGUCCAACAUGCCUGCUGACUACAACGGACGCUGGGAGAUGGUGAGCAACGAGAACUUUGAGGAUGUCAUGAAGGCCCUCGAUAUUGACUUUGCCACCAGGAAGAUAGCCAGCCACCUGCAUCAGACUAAAGUGAUCGUCCAGAAUGGAGACAAGUUUGAAACGAAGACCCUCAGCACCUUCAGGAACUACGAGGUCAACUUCACCAUAGGAGAGGAGUUUGAGGAGCAGACAAAGGGCCUGGACAACCGGAAGGUCAAGACACUGGUCACCUGGGAUGGAGACAAGCUGGUGUGCGUCCAGAAGGGAGAGAAAGAAAACCGGGGCUGGAAACACUGGAUCGAGGGAGACCUGCUACACCUGGAAAUCCAUGUGCUUGACAAAGUGUGCCACCAAGUAUUUAAGAAGAGCCAGUAAGAUGGGGUCCACAUCGAUCUCCACAAAGCUGCCCGUCAUGUGGUGCAUGUUGCUGUCUAUUUAUAAUGUAAUUGUGAAUACCUGUAAUAAAUUGAUUUAAUACUAAUGUC